AAUAAUCUUUCAACUCACUGCAAAGCUAUGAUUUGGUCCAAGCCUAGUACCUUGUAUUUUGCCCAUCCCUAGAACUUACUAAAUGUUUGGUAAAGGGGAAAUAAACCUGCGGAUUUCAAUCAAGAAACAAAGUGUAAUUUGGAGUGUAAAUUUUCGUCCAUUGUGUGUCUCGAGCUCUGCUUGGCCCUCGUGCAAUGCAUUCAUUGUCCGGGGAGAUCCAGGGCUUCUCCAAAAGCCGCCUGAGGAAACAGUGCACCCGCGUUACCACGGUGACGGGUAGGAAGCUGUUGGAAAGGAGCACCGAUGGCAGCACACAGGUAGAGGAGCUUGAGGACGCCAACGGAUGCGGAUUUGUGGAGGAUAAAAGUCUGGACCUUCAAGUUGGAGUGGUCCGACCCUUCUUGCUGCUGGCCUCUCAGGAUGUGGCCCAUGACAUGGACAUUUUGCAGCGAUAUCAGGUGUCACACGUGCUAAACGUGGCCUACGGCGUGGCCAACCUUUUUCCGCAUCAGCUGCUCUACAAGACCGUCCAGAUCCUGGACCUCCCCGACACGAAAAUCACUUCAUACCUGAAGGAGUGCGGCUCGUUUAUAGAUCAAGCCCGGGAACAGGAUGGUGUGGUUCUUGUCCACUGCAACGCCGGCGUGUCACGCUCCGCCGCAAUCGUCACGGCCUAUUUGAUGCGGAGUGAAGGGCUUGCGUUUGACGAGGCCUACCGCCAGGUGAAGCUGGCGAGGCCUUCUAGUCGACCCAACCAGGGGUUCCAGCACCAGCUGCAGAACUUCAAACCAUAAGUGAUUUUGAUUCUACGACAGCAACGAUUCACAGCAGACUUUAUCUAAAGGUUCCUUCCAUAUAGAGCGCGACAAGAAGCGCGCUCCUAUGUGAGCGAGCACUGCGCCGUUGAGGCAAGAAAUGUCCGUCUGCCGAAGGAACACGCCUCCAACAGACAAAGUCCAGUCAAAGGUGAGACAGGGGCUGCUCCAACUUCUUGGGUCCAUUAGGUGAGACGUUUCUGAGGAUCACCCGAGAAUCACCCGAGAUUCCGAAUGCCCAUCAAAUGUAACCGCGUGCACGGGCCAGAAAAACAUUGCAAAACUGGAAAAGAAAACAUCUGUGCAUAUUUUAUAAAAGAAACAAGUUGUACCGCUAUGAGAAUAAAGUUUGAUUCUAUUUGUUUUCCAA